CCAAUCGCCGCGCGCCGUGCCGCCCCCUCCCUCGCCGGGUGGGCGUGGCCUGGGGGGGGGGCCCCGGGGCUCUUCUUAACCCCGCGCCCGCGCUCCCGCCACCCGCGCUCCCGCCGCCAUCCGCGCUCCCGCCACCGCCGUCCGCGCUCCCGCUUUGAAGAAGAUUCCGGUCCUGUGACCCACUGCACUCUUCCUGCUGAAGAAAGUCCAGUCUGCUGUGCCUUUGCCGAAGGAAAUGGAGAAACUGAUGGCAGAGAGACCUCUUCCAAUGUCUAAGGAUGAAAUGCCUUCGCUUCCUACCCAGCUCAAACCAGACACAAACUCAUGCCCUCAUGCUCCUGGCAAGUUCUUCCUCUCUGGAGGGACAGACCAAGAGGACUGUAAGGCUAACGAUAAGGAAAGGAAGUGGAUCCGUCCUGAUACGCCUAGCAAAUGCACGUGGAAGCUCGGGAAACCCAUCUCUGCCUCCCCCCAUCGUCAUAUCACUCUGCCAGAGCCUCCAAACAUCCUGCCGAACAUCCUGAAUAAAGUUGGCAAUACCCCUUUGGUGCGAAUCAACAAGAUUGGGAAGCACUUUGGGCUGAAGUGUGAACUCUUGGCAAAAUGUGAGUACUUCAACGCGGGGGGCAGCGUGAAGGACCGCAUCAGCCUGAGGAUGGUGGAGGAUGCUGAGAAAGCUGGGAUCUUGAAGCCUGGAGACACCAUCAUAGAGCCAACCUCUGGAAACACAGGAAUUGGGCUGGCCUUGGCUGCAGCAGUGAAGGGUUACCGCUGUAUCAUUGUGAUGCCAGAGAAAAUGAGCAUGGAGAAGGUGGAUGUUCUGAGGGCUCUGGGUGCUGAGAUUGUGAGAACCCCAACUACUGCCAGAUUUGAUUCUCCUGAAUCUCACGUGGGAGUAGCGUGGAGACUGAAAAAUGAAAUCCCCAACGCACACAUCUUAGAUCAGUACCGCAAUGCCAGCAACCCCCUGACGCACUACGACACCACAGCCGAGGAGAUCCUGCAGCAGUGUGAAGGAAAAAUAGACAUGCUGGUGGCUACAGCUGGCACAGGAGGUACCAUCACUGGCAUUUCCAGAAAGCUGAAGGAGAAGUGUCCAGGUUGCAAAAUCAUAGGUGUUGAUCCCGAAGGCUCCAUCCUUGCUCAGCCGGAAGAAUUGAACAGGACUGACAAGACGAUGUACGAAGUGGAGGGGAUCGGGUACGAUUUCGUCCCCACGGUGCUGGAUAGAUCUACAGUGGACCAGUGGUACAAGACCAACGAUGAGGAGUCGUUUGCGUUAGCACGCAUGCUGAUCCGAGAGGAAGGACUGCUGUGUGGUGGCAGCUCAGGCAGUGCAAUGUCUGCAGCUGUGAAGGCAGCCAAAGAGCUGAAGGAAGGUCAGCGCUGCGUUGUUAUCCUCCCUGACUCUAUCAGGAACUACAUGUCCAAGUUCUUGAGUGACAAAUGGAUGAUUCAGAAAGGGUUCAUGAAAGAAGAAGACCUUGUCAAAAAGCCUUGGUGGUGGAACAUCAGUGUUCAGGAGUUAAGCCUCUCGGCUCCCCUGACUGUGCUUCCCACUGUUACCUGUGCAAAGACUAUUGAAAUCCUCCGAGAGAAGGGAUUCGACCAGGUACCAGUUGUUGAUGAAUCUGGGGUGAUUCUGGGCAUGGUUACCCUAGGUAACAUGCUUUCCUCGCUGCUUGCUGGAAAAGUUCAGCCUUCAGAUGAAGUCAGCAAAGUGAUCUACAAGCAAUUCAAACAGGCAGAUAAUGAAGCGUCAGGUGGAAAUGUGAUUAACCUGAAAGACAACUUGGGGAAGCUCUCUCAUAUCCUGGAGAUAGACCACUUUGCUCUAGUGGUCCAUGAACAAAUUCAGUAUCACACCGAUGGCUCCUCCAGUAAGCGGCAAAUGGUGUUUGGCAUCGUUACGGCCAUCGACCUGCUCAACUUCGUAACCGCGAGAGAACGGGAAAGAAAGUCCAACUAAAGUCAAGGAGCAGCCCGGAGCCUCGUCAGCAAUGUUUUGCAAUCUCCAACAACAACAAAAAAAUAAUCAGGUUUAUUUCUUAGGUCGAAUGCUCUGUCCUUAAGGUGUGUGUUUUUUUAAAUUCUGGAAAUAAGCAAUGAGCUAUCCUGGUGUCAGCUAUACAGCCAGUGCGUUUUAGCGUAUUGCACAGCUUCUGGGAACUUGUUUACUAAUCAGGUUACACGAUAUUUCUUAAGACAAUUUAUUUUUAUACCUAUACAUGUGUAUGUAAAAAUGUUGCCUAAAUUAACUGGUGUGUUCCUUACCCGUUGUCUCCAAAGUACUGCUUCUCAAAACCAUUUUCAGAUGCAUUAAACAUGUUGAUACAGAGUUACUAAAGCAGAGGUCCAGGAGAGCUCUGGAAAGCUUUUUUAUUAUUUUGUUUUCUCCCCUCUGUGCAGGGGUGUUAAGUUAGACAAUGAGUGUAGAGACAAAAUGGUAUUAGGGUGUGGAGAGUGUUUCCCUUUCGGUGAGAUCAGUGUGAAACAGGGGGCAAGUGUGAGAGCUAGAGUUGGUGUUCAUCUCAACCAGCUGCUCCUCUGAGACAAAACUGACAUGACUGGAGGCCUGACAACGAACUGACAGACAAAAUAGUGACUUUCUUCUACACAGCACAACAGCUUUCACUGCAAAGAUAGACCUUUCUUUUUUUUUUUUUUCCCAACUGUACAUUGAUAAGCAUGGGUGGAAAGGUUAGAAAGUAAGACUGAGCCUCUUGCCUGAAGAAUGCUGUUCCAUAUCGGACCUUCUCCUUACCUCCCACCCUCCUCUUUAUCUAUAUUUAUGCCUGCUCUUUUUUUUUUUUUUUUAAUAAAAAAGAAGCCAAAUAUAAUCUGUCAAGAGCUGUGAACACUUUUUUUUUCUUUUUUUUUUCUUGAUGUCCUGUUCAAGUACUCCCAAGCUGGAGCUCCUUCAUGUAAUGUGCAGCAGGUGAAUACAGCUACAACUUUUUACCACUUCCAUAAUUCUCUGGAUUUUUUCACUAGAGAUUGACCCGUGUAGCCAUGGCAAAGUUUGCUGGCAGUAGCAGCUCAGCCACACUGUGCUCUUCUGACUUCUGUUAGUGAUAAUGAUGGGUGGAAUCACUCUGUGGUUGAAGGAGAAGAGUAGCUAUUCUUUGUCUUAAUUAAGAUUGCUCUAAUCAUCGUAUGCUGAUCGGCCUUUUGCCAAGAAUACAGAUUAUCAUCAGCAACAGUGACAUUCUUAGCUUAUCUCUUUCCACUGCAGUAAGAAAACACUACAGCUGGCUGGGGCUACUGGUGGUAAGAUAGUGUUUAAAAAAAAAAAAAAGGCAAUGAAUCAGAUAAGAGAAAACAAAGGUGUUAUUUAAAAACAAAACAAAAAAAAA